AUGGCUGAGUUCCCAAAGCACCCCUUCUUACUCACCGUCAAGGAGACAGAGGAGGCUCUCGGAACCAAUGUCGAUAAGGGACUCACCUCGGAGCAGGUCCCAGGCCUGCAGUCGAGAUAUCCCAAGAAUGAACUCGACAUCGGUGAGACUAUACCAUGGUAUAGUAUUCUUGCUAAGCAAAUCUUCAAUGCCAUGAUCAUUGUUCUCGUUUUUGCCAUGGCCCUCAGCUUUGGCAUCCAAGAUUACAUUGAAGGAGGAGUCCUUGCAUUUGUCAUCUUUCUCAAUGUCACCAUAGGCUUCUGGCAAGAGUAUCGCGCCGAGAAGCGCAUGGAUGCUCUCCGUGCCCUGUCCUCUCCCAGCGCCAUGGUUCUCCGCGACGGCAAUACUCAAGUCAUUCCCAAUUCUGAAGUUGUGCCUGGAGAUAUCAUUCUGCUCAAAAUGGGCGACACCGUCCCAGCAGAUCUUCGUCUCUUCGAGGCCAUGAACUUGGCCUGUGAAGAAGGCCAACUCACCGGCGAAUCCAUUCCCGUUGAGAAGACUACCGACAACAACAUUUCUGCUCAUGAAUCCGACGCCGUAGCCACAUCCGAAGGCGAAGUUGGCAUCGGCGACCGCACCAACAUGGCAUACGCUACAACUAUUGUCCAAAAGGGCCGUGGCCGCGGCAUCGUCGUUGCCACAGGCAUGUCCACCGAGGUGGGCAAAAUCGCCGCUUCGACCGCAAAGAAGAGCCGCAAGGCUGGCCGCUCGAUGAACUGGCGCAAAUAUGGCAAGAAACAGCCCGUCGUUGGUCUCACGAAGCGCAUCUACGACUUUGUGGGCAAGUUUCUUGGCUUGACGGUUGGCACGCCUUUGCAGAGGAAGUUGUCGGCUUUGGCAUAUGUGCUUUUUGGCUGUGCUGUAAUCCUCGCGAUUAUAGUCUUUGGCGUCAACGGCUUCAAUAUGCGGCAUGAGGUUAUCAUUUAUGCGACUUCAUUGGGUAUUGCAAUUAUUCCGGAAUCUCUUGUUGCUGUAUUGACAUUAACCAUGGUCGUUGCUGUAAGCGUCAUGAGCAAAAACAACGUUCUUGUUAGAGAUCUCUCCGCCCUCGAAGCUCUCGGCGGCGUCACAAACAUCUGCUCAGACAAAACAGGAACGUUGACUGAAGGCGCCAUGAUUGUCCGUCAAGCAUGGAUCCCAUCGUCGCACGUCUACACUGUCCACGACUCUCAGAACCCAAAUGACCCUACAAAGGGACGCGUGUUUGACGUCCCAGACGAGAAGCUCAACUCUUCGUCGGCGGCUAAACAGCCUCGGGUUCCUGAACCAGAGGCAAAGAUGACGGAUCAGCUCCGCACAUUUCUGCUUUCUUCUGCGCUCUGCAACCUCGCCACUGUUAGGUAUGAUAAAGAUGAAGAGAAGUGGCAGACUACGGGAGAGCCAACUGAGAUUGCGCUACAAGUCUUUGCGCAUCGCUUCAGCCACGGCAAAAAGAGUCUUGAAGGCCAAGGUUGGAAGCAAGUUGCCGAGUUUCCAUUCGACAGCUCUAUCAAGCGCAUGUCUGUCAUUUACAAUGCUCCCGAAGAUGAGCAAAACUCAAUCUUUGACGCUCAAAACAGCUUCGUCUUUACCAAGGGCGCAGUGGAGCGUGUGCUUGAUCUAUGCGCCUUUGUUGGCAUUGGCGAAGGCCAGCAGCCCAUCAGCGAAGAGCUAAAGGAGUCUGUCCUACAGGAAAUGAACGCUCUCGCUUCGCAGGGCCAGCGAGUCCUUGCCGUCGCAUAUCGUCCAUGGCAAGGCCGAUUUACAUCCAAGCAGUCCAGCUCAAGCUCUGCUGAAGAGGACGAAAAACUACGGUCUGCAGUUGAACAGAACCUCGUCCUUGUCGGACUCGCCGGCAUCUACGACCCUCCCCGCCGGGAGACAAAGGCCUCCAUUGCAGAGUGCUCCAAUGCCGGCAUCAAAGUGCACAUGCUCACUGGCGACCAUCCCGAGACUGCAAAGUCUAUUGCUAGAGAGACGGGAAUCAUUCCCAGAAACCUUGGCAUUCUGCCCGAGAGUGUUGCGCAAUCCAUCGUGGUCAAGGCAACCGACUUUGAUAAGAUGACGGACGAAGAGAUUGAUGCGCUGGAAGAACUUCCGCUUGUUAUUGCCCGCUGCGCUCCAGAUACCAAGACACGCAUGAUCGAGGCGUUACGCCGUCGUGGUGCCUUCAUGGCCAUGACUGGCGAUGGCGUCAACGAUGCGCCGUCCCUGUCUCGCGCUGAUGUCGGUAUUGCCAUGGGCUCUGGUUCCGACGUUGCCAAAUCGGCGGCCAAGAUUGUGUUGACAGACGACAAGUUCAACUCCAUCGUGGCCGCCAUCCGCGAAGGCCGCCGCAUGUUUGACAAUAUCCAAAAGUUCGUGCUGCAUCUUCUCGUCUCCAACGUCGGCGAAGUCCUCCUCCUCGUCGCAGGCCUCGCCUUUGUCGACGACAUGGGCUUCUCCGUCUUCCCCGUCUCCCCCCUACAGAUCAUCUGGAUCAACAUGGUCACCUCGUCGUUCCCGGCGUUCGGCCUUGGCCGGGAACCAGCCGCUCAGGAGGUGAUGCGCAAGCCGCCGCAGGACAAGCGCCGCGGCGUCUUUACGAACCAAAUCAUUGUCGACAUGAUUGUCUACGGCGUCCUGAUGGGUGCGUGCACGCUCUGCACGUUCUGCAUUAUAAUCUACGGCGCAAACGACGGCAACCUCGGCAUGGACUGCAACACAAACUUCUCUGAUGCCUGCAUCCCGGUGUUCCGAGCCCGCGCCGCGACUUUUGCGGAGCUGACCUGGCUCAUCCUUAUCGCGGCAUGGGAGUUCAAGAGCCUGCGCCGAUCCAUGUUUCGCCUAAACCCUACCGACGACAGCUUCUUCCCCUUCUUCAAGGACGUCUACAGCAACAGGUUUCUCUUCUGGUCCGUCAUCAUCGGCAGCCUGUCCGUCUUCCCCGUUGUCUACAUCCCAUUCCUCAACACACGGUUCUUCAAGCACACGGGCAUCUCCUGGGAGUGGGCGCUCUCCGUGGGCUUCACCUUGAUCUUUGUUACCGGCGUCGAGCUGUGGAAGCUGGCCAAGCGGAGGUUCCGGCUUCUGGAAGAUCGAGCCGUGCAGAGGGGCCCCUGGGGGCAGGGGGGUCCGGAAGAUGGCGAGCCGAGAUUCAAGAGGACGUUUUCGCUGUCGAGUUUCAAGACAUGGGUGUCCUUCUCGAAGAAGGAGACGGUGGAGAGCAAUACGCGGACGAAUACACAAAGUCGCUCAGCAGAUGUAUAA